AACAUUGUCCACUUAAUAAAAUAAAAACUAAAAUGCAACUAGCUAUAGGUUCUUGUCCUUGUCCUAUAGUUUUUUUUUUCAUAUAUAAACUAACUUCUCUAGGUGAUUAAAAACCACACACACUUCUAAUUUGUAAUUUUGUACACACUUUGUAAGUUUGUAUACACAAAUUCUAAAAAGAAAAAAAAAAUGAGUGAUCAAUCAUCCGAACCCUUAUUAUUAAAUCGAAAAAAGGCAUCGAAAUCGCUCGAUGAGACGAUAGAAAGGUGCAUUGGUGAAUUUGGAUGGGCACAAUUGUUACAAUCCAUCCUCGUAUCCUUGUCAUGGGUUUUCGACGCUCAACAAACAUUCAUUAGUGUCUUCACAGACACGCUUGCCGUCAGUGAAUGGUCGUUGCAGCCAGGUGUGAGUUCAGCUCUUACUGGCUUGCCAGCAUCUUCGUUUUUCAUAGGUUGUCUUAUUGGUGGUUUAGUCCUCUCAACAUUGGCUGACACAAAACUUGGUAGAAAAAACAUGUUGAUCUUGUCAUGUCUAAUCAUGUCACUUACUGGAACCAUUACAUCAAUUUCAACAAACAUUUGGAUGUAUUCAUUUUUUAGGCUUUUAAGUGGUUUUGGAAGGGCUACUAUUGGGACAUGUGCACUUGUUUUGUCAACAGAGUUAGUAGGCAAUCAAUGGCGUGGACAAGUUGGUAUAAUUGGAUUUGUUUGUUUUACUAUUGGUUUCCUUUCAUUGCCAAUGAUUGCUUAUGUGAAUAAAGAGUCUUCAUGGAGGGUUUUGUACUUGUGGACUUGUGUUCCAACAAUCUUGUACUCAAUUUUGGUACAUUUGUUUGUUCAUGAAUCACCAAGAUGGCUUUAUGUAAGAGGGAACAAAGAAGAAUUUGUGUUAACUUUGAAAAGUAUUACAACAAGGAGUAGCUUGACUUUGAGUUUCUUUGGCUCCUUCUUUGAAUUUGAAGAUCAAGAACAUAAUAACUCAGAGGAGUCAACGAUGAGUCUCUAUUCGGCUAUCAAGAUGUUGAUCGAAAAAAAUUGGGCUUUUAGACGACUUAUAUCGGUUAUGUUGGUUGGUUUUGGUAUAGGAAUGGUAUAUUAUGGUAUGCCAUUAGGUGUUGGAAAUUUACCUUUCAAUUUAUACCUAAGUGUUACACUUAAUGCACUAUCAGAAUUACCAGCAUCUAUGGUAACAUUCUUCUUAAUUGGAAAAUUAACUAGGAAAAAAUCACUAUUAGGGUUUGCUAUGUUAAGUGGAAUAUGUAGUAUAGGUUGUGUAAUAGUGAAAAGUGAUUAUUUGAAAGAGUUACAAAUGGGGUUAGAACUUUUUUCAUUUUUCAGUGCAUGUACUUGUUUUAAUGUGUUGUUAAUUUACACUGUGGAAUUGUUUCCAACAUGUGUAAGAAAUUCAGCAGUGUCAAUGGUGAGACAAGCAUUGGUACUAGGUGGUUCAUUUAGUCCAAUGUUGGUAGCUUUUGGGAGGGAAAAUAGGUGGUUAUCAUAUGGUGUUUUUGGGAUUUGUAUAGCAAUUUGUGGGUUGUUUGUGUUGUGUUUGCCUGAGACUAAAGGUAGGACAUUGAGUGAUACUAUGGAUGAAGAGGAGUACAAGGAAAGUGUACUUGUUUGCUAAUCAAUUACUCGAGUCAAUGGUCUACCGGAAACAUCUCUAUGGCCCCCAAAAGUAGGAGUAAGGUCUCAUAUAAAGCAUCGUCAGGUCAGAUUCAGUUAUGAGAUUAUACUAACUAUGAUGCCUUCUGGCCUCUCAAGUCGGAGUAAAGUCUUAUACACAUCAUCGUCAGAUUUGGUUAUGAAAUUACACUGAAUAUGUUGUCUCCUGACCUCUCAAGUGGGAGUAAAGUCUCAUAUAAAUCAUCAUCAGAUUCACUUAUGAAAUUAUACGGAAUAUGUUGUCUUCUGGUCUCUCACUUCGUUUUAUUGUUGUUUGUAAAUCAAUUAUUGUAAAUUUAAAGUAAGAUUUUUUUUUCAAUAAUAAUAAAAUUAUAGCAUGAUUAGAAAUUGACAA